CCCGCCGGAAGUGUAGUUGUCGUUAGCGGAAACCAGUCUAUUAGCUUCAGGAAAUCCGCUGUGAGAAAAAAAAGCCGUUUCUUCCUAUAAUCAAACCUGUCCAGAACGGGGUCGAACACUCCGGUGCAGCCACAAAUCCAGCCGAUGGACCCUCGGAUCAUCAUAUUGAAUCUGCGGCUUGUCCAUCGAUAGUACGCCCGUGUGCCGAGGCGCCGGGCCGGAACCAGAACCAGAACCAGGCCCGGACGGACAUAGCGCAGCGCCGUGCCUUGCGACGCCGACGAGCUUGUGUGUGUGUGUCGGACUUGUCAUGCUGCGUGUCGGGGAGGUGUCAUGUGUAUCUUGCUGUCUGUAGCCAGGCAGCGAGUCCCCGGUGCUCGGUGUGGAGGCUCGGACAUGGCACCGCGAGCUAGCUCGACUGCUAGCUAACACCGGACUUCACGGACGUCAACUUUUACUCGCCCGCAGCGACCACAGGUAUGAGCGGUGCAGUCGGGCUUAGUGAAUGAGGAGGGUUUAUUUUUACACCGUGUAACGUUUGGGUCGCUCUGUCUUGAGCUCGUUUAAAGGCCAGAUACAUGCCUCUGGAGCGGGUACAGUCGUGUAGCUAAGUCGUUAGCUGCUACGUUAGCCUGCCCCCCCCCCCCGCCGCCCCGAUGAAGGAGUACAAAGUUGUAGUGCUGGGCAGCGGCGGCGUCGGCAAGUCCGCGCUGACCGUCCAGUUCGUCACCGGCACGUUCAUCGAGAAGUACGACCCGACCAUCGAGGACUUCUACCGCAAGGAGAUCGAGGUGGACUCGUCGCCCUCCGUGCUGGAGAUCCUGGACACGGCGGGGACCGAGCAGUUCGCCUCCAUGAGAGACCUGUACAUCAAGAACGGACAGGGCUUCAUCCUGGUCUACAGCCUGGUGAACCAGCAGUCAUUUCAGGACAUCAGGCCAAUGCGGGACCAAAUUGUGCGGGUGAAGCGCUUCGAGAAGGUGCCGUUGAUCCUGGUCGGGAAUAAAGUCGAUCUGGAGUCUGAGCGUGAGGUCGCCGGGACGGACGGACGAGCUCUGGCUCAAGAGUGGGGUUGCCCUUUUAUUGAGACUUCGGCCAAGAGCAAGACCAUGGUGGACGAGCUAUUUGCAGAGAUCGUCCGACAGAUGAAUUAUUCCACACUCCCAGAGAAGCAGGAACAGUGCUGCACAGCCUGUGUGGUGCAGUGAGUAAGAGAUACAUCAUUUGUCUGGAUCACCACAAAAAUAUUGAUGAACCAUGGGACAACCUGACUUUGACUCUUCUGACAAAGACUUACCACAGCCGGUAAAGUUUCUGUCCUCGGUGUUUUCUGGCUGUCCAUCACAGAGCAUCUGACAGCAAAGACGUCAGUCCUAUUUUUGAUAUCACAACUGUUGAUGACAUUUCUGCUGCAACCUUAAUGGCCUUUGCGAUGACCCAGGAGGGAGUCAGACAAACGGACUUGGCCAUCUGUGAAAAUCUUUCUUUUUUUCCUCCCUAUUUUAGUCGAGAAGUAUCCCAGAAAUAAUAAGUGUUUGUGAGGUUGCAGCUGCUUUUUAAAGCUGCGUUAAUCACUAUUAUAUACUUUAUUAUAACUUGUAUUAUGUCUCAAGUUUGGAAUUUGACAAAGUAUUUCGUAAUAUUGAAACAUUUUGACUUUUAAGCAUGCAUACAUUGACCAGUUUGCUGACCAGGUAUACUGCUGGCUUUACUUUGAAAAUCUUGUCCAGAAUAGUUCUUUUAACUGACACAAACUGCAGCAGGAUGUAUAAUGAGUCAUCUAACUUUUGGAAAGCUUGGACAGGAUGUACAACUUUGCGGAUUCAGACAGUUGCUUUAUCCACCAGUCUGCUCUGCUACCAUGUGGUUCUAAAAAAAUUGCCAUUUUUAAUCAUUGCAGUAACCUGAAGCAGCUAAACUCAUCUGAAAACAUGCAUGCUCAAAAUUGAAAAUGUUCUAAAUCAACCUGUCGUGAUAAGGAAGAGCCAUUUAGCUGUUUUAGCGUGAACUCUGUCCAUCGCUCUACACGGCAUAAAUCGCUUGGACGCAGGUCUUCCAUUUUCAGGUUUCACGAGGAGUCUCUGUAGGAGAAUGAUUUUGGAAAGACCAAAGGAAGCUCCCAUUGCAUAUUUGUAUUUGACUACAUGAUGUGUGUUGCUUUCAAUCCAGGAAACGCUGAUUUCUUGUCUUUGAAUAACUCGGGCUGCAAUAUGAUUUGAUAAAAGUUCUGGCACAGUUAAUCAGAUUUAACUUUCAAUUUUUCUUUUUUCUUACAGUAACCUAUUUAUUAAAAGUAAUCAUAUGGGUAGCCAGUUUUAAACUUUUAAUUUUAUACUAGUUUUUUGCUUUUUGUGACUUUUCACAACUAAAGUUAUGUUUGUUUUUUGUAAUUUUGAAGCUGAGAAUUUAACAGAGCCUUAAAUAAUUUCCGUUGCACCCUCGUCUCAUGCUUCUUUUGUUUCCUCAAAGUCGAACAGCUUUCAUUGUUUGGUAAUAAACAUGCUGGCCUUUC